AUGAACGACAUCAAGAUCUCAGUUCUGGGCAGCGAGGGGGUCGGAAAGUCAGGUAGGAGGAAAUACAGAGGAGGACAGAGGAGGUUAAAGUGAGCGGACUUCACCUGUUAACCUGUGUGUGUGUGUGUGUGUGUGUGUGUGUGUGUGUGUGUGUGUGUGUGUGUGUGUGUGUCUCUGCAGCUCUCAUCGUCCGCUUCCUCACCAGGAGGUUUAUCGGAGAGUACGCGUCAUCUUCAGGUAAAACUCUCAGAAUUAUCCCUUUAAUACCUUUAAUAUCAUAUUUGAUUCAAACUUUUAUAAACUGAUAUCAAAUCAAUAUGAUCAAUAUGAUACUAUAAAAACACCUAAAAAACAACAACUCACAUUUAGUGAUAAAGUUCUAACCUUUCAAAACAAAACCUGUUUAAUGUCAUAUUUAAGAGUGUAAAAAAACAGCAUCUAGUGAUAAAGUUCUGUCCUUUCAAAAUAAAACCUGUUAUUUAAGAGUGUAAAAAAACAGCAUCUAGUGAUAAAGUUCUGUCCUUUCAAAAUAAAACCUGUGUAAUUUGAUAUUUAAGAGUGUAACAAACAGCAUCCAGUGAUAAAGUUCUGACCUUUCAAAAUAAAACCUGUUAUUUAAGAGUGUAAAAAACAGCAUCUAGUGAUAAAGUUCUGUCCUUUCAAAAUAAAACCUGUGUAAUUUGAUAUUUAAGAGUGUAACAAACAGCUUUUGUGUAUAAAGUUCUGACCUUUCAAAAUAAAACCUGUUAAAUAAGAGCGUAACAAACAGCAUCUAUUGAUAAAGUUCUGUCCUUUCAAAAUAAAACCCUGUUUAAUGUGAUGUUUGACCUUUCAAAAUAAAACCUGUUUAAUGUUAAAGUUCUGUCCUUUCAAAAGAAAACCUGUUUAAUGUGAUGUUUGAGCUUUCAAAAUAAAACUUGUUUAAUUUGAUAUUUGACCUUUCAAAAUAAAACCUGUUCAAUGUUCUCUGCAGUAAAAUAUUUGCAUCAAACAUCUUUAUCUUCCCGAUGAUUUCUGUCGGAGCUGCUCAGGGAAACGUCUGAUAUCUGAGUGCAGCUGGUUUCUGAGCAUGCUCACUGAGGGUCCGGUGUUAUUUCAGACGUGCAGCCUGUACCUGUGCUGCAGGUUAAUCUGUGAUGGAGGUUAAAUCAUCUCUGUUUAGAGGAUAAUAAUCCAGUUUAAUCUGAGCUGGUCUGUGUUCACACUCUCACUGAGACUGAGGGAGACGACGGCGUGUUCUCAGUGAGACACAUGAACAACAGCUCAGUCCUGUUUACAUUUUCAGCUCAGGACGACGCUCUUCAUGAGCAGGAACUUUCUAAAAAAAAAGUGUCCAUCACUAAGUUUUGUCCUCCGUCCUCCUUUAGAGUGUAUCUACAGGAAACGUGUGUCAGUGGAGGGCCGGCAGGUGAACCUGGAGCUCCAUGACCCCUGCUCUCAGGUCAGUCAUCCAGCCGUUUAUGAUCACCGAUAUAUGAGACAUAAGAAUAAUAACUUUUUACAGGUACGUCCAACAAAAGUGUCUGAAAAAACACUUCCUGGUCUGUAGAGGACUAGACAAGACCACAAUGUCUGCUGGGACCCAAGACAAAAACUUCCUUACUGGAGCUUUAAUUCAAAAAUAAAAAUGAAUGCACGAAUAGUCGUUAAAUAAUUGAACAAAACUAAAACUCUAUCUUCUUGUGAUUUUCUUUGGUCUGAGUUACCGUCAUGCAGCUCUGUGUCUCACUCAUUUAUUAAAAACUGAUAAAACUUCGUCUCUUCUGACCCGGAUCUGGAUAUUAAAGUUUGAUUCAUGUCUCAUCUGUUAACAUUGAGGAGGCGGGGCUUAUGACUUAUACUGCAGACAGUCAGCAGGGGGAGCUGCAGGUGUUUUGGCCUAACUGUUGGUCUGUGAAUCGGUUCUGUACGUCAGCUGAUCGAUGACCGAGCGAAUCAAAGUUUUUCCUGAUUGUCAUUAAAUCUUUCUUCUGUUUCUCAGCCCUGUGAGGGUCAAUCCACGUUAAACGAUCAGAUCCUGUGGGCUGACGGUUUCAUCGUGGUCUACGACAUCAGCGACUACGCCUCCUUCAUCACCGCUAAAGCCGUAGUUCACCUGAUCAGAGAGAUCCACCUGGGCGCGGCGAAAAGGUAAAAACGCGAUACGUCAGGUGAUGUCAUGACCAUGAUGGGUUCACCCUGAACCCUGAGGAACGUCUCGGGUUAGAUCAGACACCCGAGACACAAAGGUUCCUACAGAAGGAGCAGAUCUAGGAUCUUAAAGUCUAGACCUGAACAUAGACUGUGUAUUUAGUAACACCCCGACUCUGUGACCCUCAGGGACGGGGACUCUCUGGUCUUCCUGGUCGGGAACAAACAGGAUCUGUGUCACAUGAGGGAGGUCAGGCGUGAGGAGGCUCAGCGUCUGGCCGCCGAGUCUCGCUGUCACUUCUACGAACUGUCCGCCGCCGAACAACACCAGGAGGUGGUGCUCAUCUUCUCCAAGAUGGUGCAGAACGCCAGUCUGGGCGGCAAAGCCAAAGAGCGCCGCAGACGCCCCAGCGGGUCCAAGUCCGUGGUCAAACUGAUCAACAACGUGUUUGGGAAGAGGAGGAAGUCAGUGUAG